ACAUGAGCGCGCUCACCGAGGCCGAGGCCGAUCGGGCCCUCUUCUAUUACAGCUCUUACCUCAUGGCUCUCGGGCAUCAGGCCGGGCUGCGCCAGCGCGCGUGCCUGACUGCGGCGCUGAUCUUUCGCCGCUUCUACAGCUCGCGCAGCUUGGAGGCUCACGACCCUCUCCUGCUGGCGCCGACCGCUCUGCUGGUCGGGUCAAAGGUGGAGGAGUGCCAGGCGGCCGCUUCUGCCCUAGAACGCGCCAUGCCGAAGCUGAGGAAAGACCUCGGCGACGAGACCAAUCCGUACAGCGCUCAGGACAUGGAUGCGUGCGAGCAGGUCCUCUUCGAGGCGGUGAUGUUUGAACCCGAGGCGCCCGUGUCGUGCGACCCGCACGCUGCGAUCGCGCGCCACCUCGCGCUCGCCAUGGGCGAGGGCGACGGCGCUGCCGGUGGCAGCUGCGAGGGCAGCGCAAACGUCGAGCUCACCGCGACAGCGUGCUAUCUUGCCAACGACAUCUGCAAGACGGCAUUGCCGCUCAGCGUCGCCGACGACGCCAUUGGGCUGGCGUGCGUCGCGCUUGCCUGUCGAAUGCUCCGUCGGCCGCUGCCGCCGCCGCUCGAGUGCCCCGGCGCCCUUCUCGAGCAGGUGGCGGGCGCGUUCACGCAGGUGUACCGUGCGGUGGCGGACGAGUCUGGGCUGCAGUUCGGGAAGUCGUGCCUCGGGCUGCACCAGCGAGUCGGCGCCAGCCACCGGGCCGCGCGGACGCGCGCACGCCCUGCUGGCCAGCGCGCGAGGGCGCGAUGAUGUCAGUUUUGUCGGCUGGCUGGCCAUUCCGGGUGGGUGAGUCGUUUG